AUGCCCUUCUCGCACCACAGUCAUUCGGGCCAGUUCUGCCCGGGCCAUGCUAAGAACUCGCUGGAAGAUGUCAUCCAAACGGCGAUUCGCCAGCGGAUGCAAGUGUUUUGUCUGACCGAGCACAUGCCCCGCUCCCAAGAAGACUUUUACCCCGAAGAGAUCGAGUCCGGUAACACCGAAGCCAGCCACGCAGCCAACGAAGCCGACUACUGGGCCGAAGCCGUGCGGCUACGCGAGAAAUACGCCUCGGAAAUCCAGAUCAUCAUCGGCUUCGAAUGCGACUGGAUCCGGCCGCAAUCACGCACGCUGAUCGACCGCUCGCUGGCCCGGUUCCCGUUCGAGUUUUUUGUGGGCUCCGUCCACCACAUGCACACCGAGCCUAUUGACUAUGACCGGCCCAUGUACGAACGGGCUCGGGAGGCAGCCGGUGGCACUGACGAGCGUCUGUUCGAGGACUACUUUGACGCGCAGCUGGAUCUCCUUCAGCAGCUGCGGCCGCCGGUCGUGGGGCAUUUUGACCUGAUCCGGUUGAAGAGCGAUGAUAUGGAGCGCAGCUUUACGACCUGGUCUGGGGUGUGGCGCCGUAUCUUGCGGAACUUGGAUUUUGUCGCCUCGUAUGGAGGGUUAUUGGAGCUUAAUUCGGCGGCGUUGCGGAAGGGAAUGAGUGAGCCGUAUCCCAAGGCUGAGAUCUGUCGAGAAUUUGUGGCUCGCGGCGGUCGUUUCUGCUUGUCCGAUGACAGCCACGGCGUCGACCAGGUUGGCCUCAACUUCCACCGCGUGCUCGAGUUUCUGGGCCGUGCUGGCAUCUCAACGCUGUAUUAUCUGCAGCUGGGCGAAGCCUCAGCCGCGCUCGAUCCUCGGUUCCCUCGUACGCAGGUUGCGGCCAUUUCGGUGGAGGAGUUGAAGCAGCUGGCUUUCUGGCAGACAGCAUAG